ACCCACACCUGUCUCCAUCACCGCCAUCGCCAUCGCAUCACCGCCCUCCUGCAGUAUCCAGUGUCCCUAGGACAGACUCCGCUGCUGUCACCGCUGCCACUCCGCCCUCCCCAACGCCGCCGCCUCCUCAGGGCCAGCAAGAUGCAGUUCGAGAUGCACGACAACGUGAAAGGCAAAGCCAUGUCCUACCCAGUGACCAGCCAGCCCCAGUGUGCCAGCACCUGCUACCAGACCCAGAUCAGUGACUGGCACACCGGCCUCACGGACUGCUGCAACGACAUGCCCCUCUGUCUGUGCGGCACCUUCGCCCCCCUGUGCCUCGCCUGCCGCAUCUCGGACGACUUCGGCGAGUGCUGCUGCGCGCCCUACCUGCCCGGAGGUCUGCACUCGCUGCGCACCGGCAUGCGCGAGCGCUACCGCAUCCAGGGCUCCAUCGGGCACGACUGGGCGGCCCUCACCUUCUGUUUGCCCUGCAGCCUCUGCCAGAUGGCGAGGGAACUGAAGAUCCGAGAGUAAAGAAGUGCCCCCCCCCCUUCCCCUCUGGUAUGCUGGCCUCCUCUGCCCCCUCCUGGGAGGGCCUGCCCCUCCGCCCUAUCCUGACACCAGAAAUACACCCACAAUAAAAACCUGA